AUGAGCCAAGUCGCUUGCUAUUCAGUCUCUGUCGCGGCUCCUUGGGACGACUUGGACUUCGAAACCAGCGAUUCGAUACUUGCUGAUGUUGAUGUUGACGACGAUGAUUUUUUCAUUCAACUCGACGAGACGCAUGAAUCGAUAACGACGUCUUUGGAUCUCAUUUACGACGAACACGAACCUUAUCUCCCUAUGCAUGAAGGCACUCCUUCAUACUUGAACGACAUCGAUGAUCGGGCCGUGUCUCCUGCCCCCGAUCAAAUGAUUUCCUUCAGUGACUCGGCUCAUCGUGUGACCCCUGAUUUGACGCCAAGUCAUCGAAUCGAAGUUUCCCGGAUGGACGAGCUCAAAGAGCAAUACCGACGAACUUUCAAGAAGCUGGCGAAGUCUAUGCGUCAAUCGGACGCCACUCGCUCCAUGAUCAAGCGCCAAAAGCGCUUAAUGUCUCCCACCGUCUACGUGCAAAGCAAUGCUGCUGGCGACGAUGAAGACUUCUUUUCCAGUCCUCGCUGUGUUGCUCUCGAGGCGUCCCGACGAAAACUCUUCCGUCUCAUUGCAAGCAGCUGA